AACACAUUGCUAAAGGGUAAUUGUAAGACGGGCAACAGUGUUACAGCUAUUAAGUUGCUCAAGAAGAUGGAAAAGGUAGAGAACUGUAUGCCAAAUGUUGUUUCCUAUAACACGGUUAUCAACGGCCUUUGCAAGGAAGGGCUAAUUCGUGAAGCUAUGGACCUUUUCUUAGAAAUGAGGAGCAAAGGUGUUGUCCCGAAUGUUGUCACUUUCACCACCUUGAUUGAUGGGGUGUGCUUUUUAGGAGAAUUGAAAGAAGCUAUGAGGUUAUUUGAUGGAAUGAUAGAUCAUAAUAUCUCUCCCGACGCGCAAACUUACAGUGUCUUGAUUGAUGCACUUUGCAAAAACGGGAUGGUUGCAAAGGCCAAGGAUAUGAUGGAAAUUAUGAUUCAAAGAGGCGUUAAGCCAGAUGUUGUAACGUAUAACUCUGUCAUUGACGGCUAUUGCUUGGAAGGAGAAAUUGACAAGGCAAGAAUGGUGUUUGAUACGAUGAUUGGGCAUGGUUGUGAUGGUGACGUAUUAAGUUAUAGGAUUUUGAUAAAUGGAUAUGGUAAGAAAAGGAUGAGGGAUGAAGCUCUUAGAUUGUUUGAAGAAAUGGCGUCUAAGGGAUUAGUUCCAGAUGUUGUUACCUAUAGCUCUCUUAUUGCUGGUUUGUGUAAUGUUGGGAGAACUCGGUCUGCUCAAGAUUUGCUUCACAAGAUGCAAGCUGUGGGGCAGCACCCAGAUAUUCAAACUUUGCUAGUUUACUCGACGGUUUAUGCAAAAAUGGAGAGCUUGAAGAAGCAAUGACAUUAGUUCAUAAUAUGGAAGAGAAGAAAUUACCACUCAAU